AUGCUUUGCUCGGAAUCGAACGGGAAGGAAGGUUACUUACGUGAUCUGAUCAGUGGAGAACACUAUCGAUUUGUGACGAUCGGCAAUGCAAAGGCGAGUUAUAUCACGGCGUUGGUUGUGAUGCUCAUUUUC